GGCUUGAGGUAUCUAUUACCUGGUCUGCACUACUGUCUAUUAGGCCAUGUUCCUGCAUUGCAUAUUGGUAAUGACACAAAUGUGGCCUUAACUUAGUGAAUUAAAGACUGAGGCUUUUAACAGUCUGCUCUGUGGGAGGUUGACUUUUUCAAACUGCAUAUGCAACUUUUUUUCUGGUCCCUCACACAGUAGGUAGAUACAGUUACACAUCUGUUCUGAGCUACAUCAUAGGUGACGGGCAGCCCAUUGUGAUGAGCCUUGCUUCCGCGCUGUCCUGCAUAACGUGCCUGAGGUCGCUGUACUCAGGGUAGCUGUGAUCUGCCUGUUCCAACAGUAACAGAGAAGUAAUGCUGCAAGAAGUAAUUGGCGUUCAUCUAGUACGGAACUAUGUGAUAUUGAUACUGCUUCAUAGCAUCAAUUCAAGUUUUACAUCACCAACUCAUCAAGUUUUAGAAAAAAGUGAAGUGGUGCCCAGCAAACUUAAAAUGAAACUGAAAGAUGCAUCUGAAGCUAUUUUAAAUUUCUUCAGGCCAGUGACCUGCCGUCACAAAGAAAAAGGCACCUUGGUUCCUUGUGCUGUAGGAGGGAGCAUUAACAGAACUGAGUGCUUGGAAAAUAAAUGUUGCCCUUCCAAAGACAGACAUGAACUGGCAUGUUAUGUCCCAUUUAAAGACAAUCUGCAACUGACAUUUCGACUGUUUGUGCUUGGGGCAGUAGGAUUUUUUAUUUUGGGGUGUCUGCCAUCGUGUUGCUGUGUCUGUUUGCAAAGGAGUCCAUGUGUCAAUCCUUUACGAAGGGCAAACAAAAAAAUAGAGAAAAUUGUGCAGAAGAAAAGAGCACGUAGUGAAGAUAUGCAUAGGUUGUUACCGGAUUAACUUAAAGACUCUGAGGACCAUAAACACAAGAAAAAGAGGAGCACCCACCUGAUUUUAAAGACCUCAAGCAGGAGAAGGACACCAGGAUUACUUGAGUAUGCUCUAGAAAAUGAGAUGCUUUGUUUUAGUAUCAAAGUAAUACAAUGUUGUCAACCCUUGA